CAAAACCCACAUGAGCUUCUUUUUGGGUUGCCUGCCAAGUUUCAGUGCUUUCGAACGCGAAGAAGAAAGCAGAGAAAAAUGAUCAAUUUCGUGCUGUUAUUUAGUCGGCAAGGGAAGGUGAGAUUGACGAAAUGGUAUUCCCCAUACUCACAGAAGGAAAGAUCUAAGGUUAUCCGAGAACUUAGUGGUGCAAUUCUUUCACGAGGUCCGAAGCUCUGCAAGUUUGUUGAGUGGAGAGGAUGCAAAGUUGUAUAUAGAAGAUAUGCAAGCCUUUACUUUUGCAUGUGCAUUGAUUCAGAAGACAAUGAAUUAGAGAUACUAGAAAUAAUUCAUUACUUUGUUGAGAUAUUGGACCGUUACUUCGGCAGUGUUUGUGAGCUUGAUUUGAUUUUCAAUUUCCACAAGGCAUAUUACAUACUUGAUGAAAUUCUGAUUGCUGGUGAACUUCAGGAGUCCAGCAAGAAAACUAUAGCUCGACUUAUUGCUGCCCAGGAUGCAUUGGUGGAAACGGCGAAGGAGCAAGCCAAUUCGAUAAGCAAUGUGAUCGCGCAGGCUACUAAGUAGAUACAGAGAGAGCUCGAUGGUUUCAAUUGAUUCGCGGCCUUGUUGAGUUGUUCUUGAUUCUCAUACUCAUUCAACGAUAUCGUAUUCUAACACUGUAUUCACAAGUUUAAAUUUCUGUUCAAUAUUUUCAGCUGUUUGAUUGGUGUCUCAUGCAACCAUUUAAUUUUGAUCAGACUAGUAGCUGUUGAGAAAUGUGUUUUUAAUGAAUAUAUUCAAUGUAUUGUAUCUUGGUC